AUGUGGAGUAAUCAACCUGUAGAAACACAAUAUCACAUGCAGAUUAUCGUUUUGUUUGAACAAAAAGAUGGUACCACAACAAUGCAAUCAUUUAUUGCUCAGUGUUUGCAGCAGAAAGUCAAAUAUCAAAAACAAAUUAUACCAAAAAGGAUUGAAGAAGCUUUAGAAGAACUUCAACUAGUCCCAACGAAGCUCGAGCAAAAAGCUCCAAUUCCUGACUGUAUAAUGCGGAUCGUUAAAGAAGAAGAUCAUGGACACGGCGAUGAUGGUUUAGAAGUUAGUGUGGUUGAUAUCGGUCAACCGAUGCGAAUCGAGUGGAGCUUGUUACCUGAAUCAGAUGCCUACGGAUUUCACGUUCGAAAUUGUACCGUACGUGACCUGGUGAGUGGAGAAGAACAUUUAGUGAUCGAUGAAAGAGGUUGUUCAACUGAUAUCAACAUAUUCAGUCAUCCACAUUAUGAUACUUAUCACGAUAUAGCUCGUGUACAUUGGCAUGCAUUUAAAGUACCUGAUAAUAACCAACUAAGUAUCAAAUGUUCAUUUCAAAUAUGCUCAGAUAUUGUUGAUUCUAAAUCUGGACUUACAAACUGCGAUAACAUACCAACGCCACCGUUUUGUCCUGACUUGAUCACUUCACCAUCGAAUUCGAUUUUAUUCGAUUUAGAAGGUCAUAUAAGCGAGAUUCGUGGUCCACAUAGUGUUGUUCGGCGACACGUUCAUGCAGAUAUAUGUUUUGGCGGACCGCAAGAUGCAUAUUGUAGCUCUGAAGAUUAUCGUAAUGAGCGAAGCGAAUAUUGGAGGAAAGUUACUACAAAUACAUCAGAGCGGAUUUGUAUUUCGCGGAUAUGGAUGAGUGUGUGCACGGGUUUAUCUGCGUGGACGGCUCUAUUAGCAAUCGGUAUUCACGGGUAUUGCCGGUUAAGGCGAAAACGACAACUGAAACGCAUUAGUUCGCUUUCAUAUGGGCAAAAAAUGGUGCAAACACCGAUGGAAAUGCUCAUCGCUGUGCUCUAA